UGAUUUUGUGGCAUUCGAGAGGCCCUGCCUCGUGGGCGAGUCAGCCCUGAUCAUCAGGUUACUUCCUCGACAUCAUCAUUACUGCGGGCCCCACGGCAGCUACGCACACGGUCGCCAUGUCCCGAAAUGUUUGGAAAUAUAUCGUCAGCAUUCUCAUCUUGUUCGGCCUCAUCUUCCUGCUGCGCAACAUCACCAUUGAGCAGAACUGGAACUACCAGAGAGUGCUGCCACUGUACAAGGUCCAGAACUGGAUCCAGUCAUCAAACCUCUAUGGAAGCCUCUUAAGGUUUCACCGUAAUCGCACCUGUCCACAUCUGGGCCAGCCGCCAUCACCUGAAGAAGAGCUGGAGGAACGCAACCUGUUGGACUCCAUCGAUUGGCCCCAGCCGCCGUCUGGCUCCGCACCGCCCGCCCUGACCCAGACGAGUGACCCGGCCCACAGCCUGUUUGCAAUCGUCCCCUCCCAAAACGGACAGCGUUGGUACGUGGGCGACCAGUUGGAAGUGCAAGUCCACCUGCACGACUUCAAGGGCCGACCCAAGCGCUACGGCGGAGAUUUGCUGUUGGCUUGGUUGCACUCCCCAAAAUACAAGGCGGGCGUGGCCGGGCAGGUGCUGGACCACAAGAACGGACUUUAUUCCGCUCGAUUCCCGCUUCUGUGGGAUGGCUCGGCUCAGGUCGGGCUCACCAUGGUGCACUCGAGCGAGGCCGUCACCGUGUUGCGGCGGAUGAGGGAGAAACAGCCUGAUCGGGUGUACUUCUCCAGCAUCUUUCGCCGAGGCAGUCAUUCUGAGAAGAUGGAGUGCAACGUGUGCCUGCCGCAAGAUGAGGGGCCGCUGUGCAACUUCACGGACCCUCACUCCGGCGAUCAGUGGUACUGCUAUAAGCCCAAAAUGCUCAGCUGCGACACCAGAAUCGACCACGCCAUUGGAGGCUACCUCGAAAACCUCAUCACCAAAAAGGAAUCUUUGCUUUUUAAAAGUGACGUAAACCUCAAGGUUCCCAUCCACGCUUCCACAACAGACACCAUCAAUGUGCUGCCUGCGAGGAACGAAAGCAGCAGUCAAAAACCAGGUCCCAUGCAGCUGGGGACGUCUGGGUACUACUACCAGGACUCGUGGAGGCCAUUUGGCGGCAUCACCAUGCGGCGAUUUGACGAGGCGUCUGCCAUCACGAAGUGUUUGACUAACAAGCUGGUCUACAUGUAUGGCGACUCCACCCUGCGUCAGUGGUUCGAGUACCUCCUCACUGUGCUUCCAGAGCUGAAAGAAUUCAACCUGCAGAGUCCAAAAAAGGUGGGACCCUUAAUGGCGGUGGACAGCACCCACAAGAUCCUGCUCGAGUACCGCUUCCACGGCCCACCCACCCGCAUCCAGCCCAUCACGGUCAGCAAGUUGCGCUACAUCGCCAACGAGCUGGACGGCCUGGCCGGCGGUCCCGACACGGUGGUGGCGCUCGGCAUCUGGGCUCACUUCAGCACCUUCCCCGUGGAGGUGUACGUACGCCGCCUCCGGCACAUCCGCAAGGCGGUAGUACGACUCCUGGAUCGGGCGCCGGAGACGGUGGUGGUGGUCCGAACGGCCAACCCUCAGGCCCUGACCCAGGAUUUCAUCCUGUUUAAGAGCGACUGGUUUUCGCUGCAGCUGGACGUGGUGCUGCGCGUCAUGUUCAAGGGUCUCAACGUUCUGCUGGUGGACGCCUGGCAGAUGUGCUUGGCGCACCCGUACCACCCUCAUGACCUGCAUCCUCCUCGGACAAUUGUCAAGAACAUGGUAGACAUGAUGUUGUCCUAUGUUUGUCGUGACGGGACAAAGAAGAUUGUAUGAUUGUCAUAAAUCGAAUCAGGUUGAACGUACAAAACUGUAUACGGCCUCACUGAAAAGGGAAAAAAAAGACCACAUUUGAAUCGAAGUCAUAUAUUUAUAAUAAUAAUAAUCAGAAUGCGGUGUAAAACUUUGGCAUUAUUAUUUUUUUCAUGUAGAAUUCCGACCAUUCUCACAACAGUGCGACUCUCUUCUCAUAUUGAAAUAUAUAUAUUGAAUAUUCUUUUUCAGUGUGGUAUUAAUACAGUUCUGAAUGAGAUCUUAAUCAGACUACUGUGUUUAGACUAGUGGUGGCACAUACGAUGCAUUUGGGGUUUCGUUAUCAUUUAUAACCAAGUGUCCUAUCACAGUAUGCAUGAUUUUACCGAGGCUUUACACAAUCAGGAUUUUUGGGGCCGACCACCGAGCUUAAAAAAACGAUAACCGAUCACGGAUCGAUCACAAGAUGGAGUAAUGUGUCUAUUUAAAUUACUUGUUCAUUUACUGUAUAUACUUGUGUACUGUAUACUGAGUAUCUUCAAAAGUAUUCUCUCGUCAGGUCAUGUAUUCUAAUCAGUCAGGUCAAACCAAGAUUACAACAUGGCAGAAAUAAUGGGUGCUAACUUACUACAAAUAAAUUAGUGUAAUUAAAUUACUUCACACACACUGAACCUUUAGAGCAUGAUUCGACAGAACGCUGGCGUGUUUCCUUACAACUGUUACGACAUUAGCUUUGCCUUUUGUUGCCUGCUUGCGCGUCGUAUCGUAUUAAAAUCUAAAUCCACGUAUUACGUGUUGUCUGUCUCGGACGUGUUGGCUGUCCCACACUGCCGACAUAUUUAAAAGAAAAAAACUUUAUUGGCGGUCAGAUAUUUACAGUAUGUCUUUUGCGGAGCCGAUCAAUGAUGUCAUUGAUCGGAUCGGCGAAUUAUGACAUUAAAGCCGAUCAGCAUAAAAUGCUAAUUAUCGGCGAUACCGAUCAAGCGGAUCAGAUCGGUGUAGUCUAAUUUUACUAAAGCCAAGAGAAUGAAAAUCCUGCAAGACUGCAUUAAGACCUAGUCCAGUGUGUCAGAGGUUUCGCCCUGGUGUGGGCGCUUUAGAGCGCCUUGAUGCGGUGCGGAACGUCCCCACAAAGACCCGAUGUGAUGCAUUCCAACCUCUGGAGGCUUUAAGCGGAUAUUUUUACCCGGGUCAACAAUGUUUUUAGAUUGAUUGUUUUUAGAAAAUAAUCACAACUUUUCUCCGGGCACUCCGGUUUCCUCUCACAUCCCAAAAACAUGCAUGAUAGAUUGAUUGACAACUCUAAAUUGCCCGUAGGUGUGACUGUGAGUGCCAAUGGUUGUUUGUUUGUAUGUGCCCUGCGAUUGGCUGGCAACCAGUUCAGGGUGUACCCCGCCUCCUGCCCGAUGAUAACUGGGAAAGGCUCCAGCACGCCCGCAACCCGAGUGAGGAGAAGCGGCUCAGAAAAUGGAUGGAUGGAUGGUCAACGUCCCAACUUCAUUGGAAUUGGGCUUGUACCUCAUGGUAAGCAGUGAGCAGAACAACAGCUCAGGGUUUGAAAUCUUAUCCCCCCCUCCCCCCCCCCACAGUCAACUGCACGGAAAUUUCUGAAGUCUCUCGGUCCACAGGUCAGUGUGCAUUGCCAGCUUUUUUUGCAAUAAAAAGAAACCGCCAAAAGCAAACGUUCAAAGGUUUUUAUGAUGAUUUUACUAUUAUGAUUAUGAUGAUUAUGCAUUCUUAUGAUCUCGUCUCCAUGCAGUCCCAAAUUGACUUACUUGGUGUGAAAUGUGAGCCUGUUUAAUUGAACACAAAGCUGAUAUACUCGCAG